CUGCUCGAACUUUUAGCUGCUCAUCCUCCAUCUCGCCCAGAGAUUCGUCGGGAAGCAGAAGAGUUUGUCACAUUUCUUAACAGAGCAGUGACACCAUUUCAUGCUGUACAAGAAUGCAGAGAGCGUCUUCUUCAAGGAGGUUUCCAAGAGUUGCACGAGGCCGCCCACUGGGAUAUCAAACCUAUGGGCAAGUAUUUUGUUACGAAGAAUCGUUCGGCAAUUAUUGCCUUCGCGGUUGGUGGUGCAUAUAUGCCGGGUAAUGGAUUUGCCAUAGUGGUUGCUCAUACCGAUAGCCCGUGCCUUCGGGUAAAACCGGUGUCGAAACUACAGUCCGAGAAAUUCAAUCAGGUUGCUGUAUCAACUUAUGGUGGUGGCAUUUGGCGCACAUGGUUUGACCGUGACUUGUCGGUCGCUGGAGAAGUUGUUUUCAGAGGAGACACUCUCGCUCGGCGACUUAUCAAUAUCGACCAACCAAUCUUGUAUAUACCGAACCUAGCAAUUCACCUGACAAAAGAUCGCGAGAAUUUCAACUGUAACAAUGAAACACAUCUACGACCUAUUUUGGAGACGUUUGCCUCAGCUGGUAUCAACCCAUUCAAAAAGGAUUCAUCUCAAUCAGAAGGAACGAAAGAUCCACGAGACAUAGUCGCUGAUCAUCAUGCAAAUUUCCUCGAUCUCAUUGCUCUAGCUGCUCAUACCACUGCUGAUCAAGUCGUAGACAUGGACCUUUAUCUCUACGAUGCGAAUCCUGCGAGAAUUGGUGGCAUCCAUGACGAGUUCAUAACAGGUGCACGACUCGAUAACCUUGUUGGGACUUAUACGGCCAUGCAAGGUCUUUUGGAAUCUUUAGAAGAUGAUCGUCAUCUGCACGAUGAUAUUAAUAUACGUAUAGCUGCAGCUUUUGACAACGAAGAGGUUGGAUCCCAAACCGCGAUGGGGGCGCAGUCAUCAUUUACCGAAUAUGUGUUGAGACGUCUUGCUUCUGGUGGAUCGAAUCCGUGUGCGUUUGAAGAAGCUAUCGGUCGUAGUAUUCUGAUCUCAGCCGAUCAGGCACACGCUGCACACCCGAACUAUGUUGAUCAGCAUGAGACGAAUCAUCGCCCCACGUUCCAUGAAGGAGUUGUUGUAAAAGUUAAUGUCAAUCAACGUUACGCCACAACGUCGACGACUCAUGCUGUUUUGAAACAAAUUGCUGCCGAAGCCAAUGUACCUUUACAGGUAGUAGUAGUUCGAAAUGAUUCUCCUUGUGGAUCAACAGUUGGUCCCAUAUUGGCAGCUCGUCUCGGUAUACAAACAGUUGAUGUCGGCUGCCCUCAACUGGCAAUGCACUCAAUACGUGAAAUGGUCGACACAAGCAGUCUCACCCAGGCUACUAGGCUCUAUGCGGUAUCUUUUAUGAUUGCUUGGACACUUUUGGCACCUAUGCAUUCAUGUAAGCUUCAUUGA